AUGGGAAAUCAUACUAACUAUGAAAAAGUACUCUUUAUCCUGAAUACCGAAUUUGAUAUUCUUUGUGCUAUAAAUCUUGACAAUAAUUAUGAAUAUGCAUUGCAGGGAUUUGUUGGGAUGGCUAAGGAUCUUAACGCUAUUGUGAUUGCUUUCAGAGGCACUCAGGAACGCAGCUUACAGAAUUGGAUUGAAGACCUGUACUGGAAGCAACUCGACUUAAAUUACCCUGGCAUGCCUGAUGCAAUGGUGCAUCAUGGAUUUUAUUUUGCUUACCACAACACAACUGUACGUUCUGGUGUUGUAAAUGCUGUUAAAAGAGCGAAGCAAUUGUAUGGGGACAUUGAUAUUAUGGUUACAGGUCAUUCAAUGGGAGGGGCUAUGGCCGUCUUUUGCGGACUGGAUCUCAAGGUCAAUCAUGAAGCCCGGAAUGUUCAGGUUAUGACAUUUGGACAACCUCGUAUUGGUAAUGCUGCUUUUGCGUCAUACUAUAGCCAACUUGUGCCAAAUACUAUUCGGGUCACAAAUGACCAUGAUAUUGUCCCUCAUUUGCCAUCUUACUAUCCGCAUUUCGCACAAAAGACAUACCAUCACUUUCCCAGAGAGGUGUGGAUUCAUCAAAUUGGAUUUGGUACUUUAGUUUAUAAAGUUGAGAAGGUCUGUGAUGGUUCUGGCGAAGACCCAUCUUGUAGUAGGUAUGUGUUCGCUUUCUAUGAUCUUCCUAUUAACAUUCUUGAAAUGGAUAUUUGUAAAAAAUAUAUUGAUAUAGAGAAAGGAGAGAAUAAAUUGUAUGUAUUAUUGAUUGAUAUAUAUUGAUGUACAUUACAAUGAUUCAUGAUUCCUAUAUAUAGA